UAAAUAAUACUAUCUGAAUGUGUAUGUGUGAAGAAGAAUCAAGAAUGCAAUUCAUGUUUUAAUCGCUGCAAUUUGGAUACAUGUCGAAACAUUAACCAGGCAAAGCAUCUUGUGGCGUCCCUUGCUCGAUUCUUGAGUCCCUUUUAGGGCUGCUGUUUGCUUUCGACUGUGGCAUUUGAAUAUUCUGGAGAAAUCUUCGUUAGAUUGGCGUCUCAAAUAAUGGCCAAGGAUCUCAGGCUUUCGGUGCACAAUUUUCUUAAAGACAGUCGUCCAGGAGCAGUGGCUGGUGAUUCUGAAUCUGGUAGCAUGUUGGAGGAGUACUACAUUCCUGACUACAUCCUCAUACCAGACUCACCAUUUGAUAAAGCUUCCCAUAUACCAGCCUGUCCUGUGAUUGUAUUCAUCAAUUCAAAGAGUGGCGGCCAGCUUGGAGGAGAACUUCUGAAAAUUUAUCGCACUCUUCUUAACAAAAACCAGGUUUUUGAUUUGGGGGAAAAGGCUCCUGACAAGGUACUACACCAGUUUUAUGUCAAUUUAGAAAAGCACAAGCAAAGUGGGGAUAGCCUGGCUACUGAAAUUGAGAAUCGACUGAGAAUAAUUGUUGCGGGUGGUGAUGGUACGGCCGGUUGGCUCCUUGGUGUAGUUUCCGAUCUCAAACUACCUCGAUCACCACCAAUUGCUACAGUGCCAUUGGGAACUGGAAACAAUCUUCCAUUUGCGUUUGGCUGGGGGAAGAAAAAUCCUGAUACGAACAGUCAAUCUGUGGUAGCAUUCUUGGAUCAAGUAAGGAAUGCAAAAGAGAUGAAAAUUGACAGCUGGCAUAUUUUGAUGCGAAUGAGAGCUCCUAAAGAAGGUGCUUGUGACCCUAUUGCACCUCCUGAAUUGCCGCAUUCUUUGCAUGCGUUUCAUCGUGUGACCCAAGAUGACACAUUGAACAAGGAGGGUUUCCACACAUUUCGCGGGGGAUUUUGGAACUAUUUCAGCAUGGGGAUGGAUGCCCAAGUGUCUUAUGCAUUUCAUUCCGAGAGGAAGUUGCAUCCAGAAAAGUUUAAAAAUCAGUUGGUUAAUCAGAGUACUUAUGCUAAGAUUGUGGGUGAGCAAGGAUGGUUUUUUGCUUCUCUAUGUCAUCCGUUUUCACGGAAUAUUGCUCAGCUUGCAAAGGUUAGGAUCAUGAAAAGACCAGGUCAGUGGGAAGACCUUCAGAUACCUCGCAGCAUUAGGUCAAUUGUUUGCCUCAACUUGCCCAGUUUCUCUGGUGGACUUAAUCCUUGGGGAACGCCAAAUAGAAAGAAGAUGCGUUAUAGGGACUUGACUGCUCCGUAUGUGGAUGAUGGUCUUAUUGAGGUUGUUGGUUUUAGAAAUGCUUGGCAUGGGCUCGUUUUGCUUGCUCCGAGUGGACAUGGGACUCGCCUUGCACAGGCAAACAGAAUUCGUUUCGAGUUUCACAAGGGUGCAGCUGAACAUACAUUCAUGAGAACUGAUGGGGAGCCAUGGAAACAACCUCUUCCAGUAGAUGACGACACGGUCAUUGUGGAAAUCUCCCACUUUGGCCAAGUAAGCAUGCUUGCCAACCCCUUCUGUCGAGCCAAAAGCAUUCAGGACCCUUCUUCCCCUUACGUGCCGGAGGAUGGCGACUACGACAGCAAUGAAGAAUUAGAAGAAGAAGAAGACUGGGAAGAGAAGAGGAAGCUAGGGGCAGCUGACACUUUCCGGUUACCUGAGGGGGUUGAUAUUGCUCAUCUCAGUUAAGCCUCACUCAACUUUGGUCAUGAAUUUAACAUCGCCCGGCUUCAGCAAAAAACCAAUUCUUUUACCACCCUCACAGAGAAUAUUCUUACAAAUGAAUCUAACAUCAAAUUGAUUUGCCGUCAGAGGGCCUCCCCCUAUCGUAAUUUUUUCGUAUUUUUUUCAUUCUUUUCAUUCUUUUCAUUUGUAUAUAUAGAUGCACAUCUCACUGAUCCCAAUAAAUGUAGAAUGGUAUUUGUUACGCAUGUCAUAGAAUUCGUGAAAUCCUCUUCAAAUCACUUUGAUAGUCAUGAAUCAUGGUUUUAUACA